AUGAAUCUGACAUCACCUGAUCGAUGUGAGCAUUUCUCCUGUCCGGAGAGAUCUCUAUCUUUUGCAGUUUAUAUCUUACUGUAUGUGUGUUCAGCUGCUGUGGUUCUGUUAACAUUGUGUGGAAAUCUGCUUGUCAUUAUCUCUGUUUUUCACUUUAAGCAGCUUCACACACCAACUAACAUGCUUGUGCUCUCCUUAGCUAUGUCGGAUUUUCUUGCUGGCAUUUUUGUAAUGCCUCCUAUGUUAAUCUGGGCUAUUGAGUCAUGUUGGAUUUUUGGGAAAGUUUUAUGUAGCAUUUACUGGUUGUCUGCUAGUUUGCUUACAAUAACAAACUAUACUAUUGCUCAGAUUGCUGUAGAUCGGUAUUGCUCUCUCUCAAACCCAUUUCUCUACAUGAACAUUGUCUCUGUGAAAAUCACUCGUUUUGUUAUAGUUUGUAACUGGUGUGUAGUGAUGAUCUAUAUCGUAGCAGUCCUAUAUUUUAAUGGAAACUUCACAAGUUCUGUAAUGUGUCCUGGAGAGUGUUUUCUUUUUCUAAAUGAGGUUUGGACUAUAAUUGAUCUUGUAUUCUCAUUUGCAUUUCCACUAACUGUUAUAAUCAUAUUGUAUACUCAGGUUUUUGUAAUUGCUAAGAAACAUGCCACUGCUAUCAAAAAGCAUAAUAAUCACACAUGGUCUAAAACACAAAAAAUGAAUACAUACUCGAUAAAAUCUGAAAGAAAAGCAGCUAAAGUCCUUGGUAUUUUAGUGUUUGUGUUUAUAAUGUGUUUACUUCCAUAUUACAUUUACAGUUUUUUAGGAAAUGUUAUCGAACUACAGACAGAAACUUUUCAGAAAGUAUCAAUUUUCUUUUGUAUUAAUUCCACCAUUAAUCCAAUUAUUUAUGCUCUUUUUUACCCAUGGUUUCGGAGGUGCAUUAAAUUAAUUGCAACUUUGAAAAUAUUUAAAAUAGAUUCUGCAUUAAUGAAGGUUCUUUCUUAA